AUGGAUCAAGUUAAUUAUAAAGAAAUAUUUUAAGCGUGCUCUUUUGAUUUAGACCAAAUUGUUUAUUAUUUUUAUCCUAAAGAAGAAUAGAAGAAUCAAGCACAUAAAAGAUCAACAUAUGAAAAGUUUAAAUUGUGUAUAGACAAUUUUAAAAAAUGGAAAAAGGAGCUAAUAAAUAAAGAAAAGCUAACCUUCCUAUACGAAAUAAUAUUUGAUAUAUGCAUCGCUUUACUGAGGUAUCACUAAAGAGUGGUAAAUCUUUAAGUUUCAUACAAAGUUUUGCCGUUUUUAGAAAUAGGUGGCUUACCAUUAAUGAGAAAAGACGUUGAUAGAAUGAUUAAUUAAGUCAACUAAAAUCUAGAAAGAGAUGAAACUUUAAAAGAUAGUGAUGAAGUCUUGUUUAUUAUAGCCUAAUUAUAUCUACUAAAUCGAUAAACAAAGCAUGCUCUGGAUUUUCUUAAAGAACUAAAAGAAAAUUUAAAUAAAAAAGAUGAAAAACAAGAAAGUUUUUUAUAAAUGAGAGAAUCUAUUUCAAAAUUAGAAGUUUUAAUUUAUUAUGACAAAUAUGAUAUAAAAAAUUUGUCAUAAAAUAUUGAAAUUUUAAAAAAAUAUGUAAAUAAUUAAAAUGAUACAAAUAUUUAAAAGUUUGAAGAAAGCAUUCAAAGGUAAUUUAAAGAAAGAAAGAAAAAUAUUUUAUUGUUUUUUGAAAUGUGUUUAGAUUACCUUAAGUAAAAUGAAAGCUAAGCUUUAGAAAAAGCUAAAAAGUUAGGCGAAGACCAAAGUAGAGAGGAUUACUUGCACUUAUUUUAUAACUUUUAGAUAACUGAAAACCUAACAAACUUAUAGUCACUCUAUAGAGAUUUAUUCGAUCCUGAUUUGUUUAAGUUAUUUAAUUAAAUACUGAAUUACGAGAAAGGCUAAUAAACAGAACAAACUUUCAUAGAAAUGUACUAAACAUUUUAUGAUUACUUAAAAAAAUAAAAAUAAAGGAAAUAUAAAUAUGGAGACGGUAAGCUAUCAAUGUAUUACUUAAUACGAGGUAUUUUGCUAAGAAUUGAAAAAAAUUAUGAAAAAUCCAAAAAGAAGAUAAAGAAAAUAUUUAAAAUUUGCUAAAUUGAUUUCUCUAAAUAACUCAAAAUCUUCUUUAAUUUUAACUUAUUUCUUACUAUUUAUUCUGAAUAUUUAACUCAGUCCAAAUCACCUGAAUUUUAAGAAUUAUAAGAGUUUUAAACUACUCAUUUUAGCAAGCUUUAAAAGGGUGUUUACAAUGGAGAAGAAUAUAUCCUAAAAUAAUCUUUGGAUGAAUAAUAGGAUAAUAAAUUAAAGUAUGAGGCAUGCCUAGCACAGUUAAUAGAUAGCCGUUAUUUUUUAAAAAUUAGUAAUGCAUUUAUAAAUAAUGAAAAUAGAGUAGUUAAUGUCUAUGCAAAGCAAGGAGUCGAUUUAUCAAAAUUAAAUUUUAAAGAGAUUGACGAACUUUAAAAAAUUUUUUACAUCUAGUAAAUACUUGAUGCUAUUAGUAUAUUACAUAAAAACAACAUAGCACACUCUGACAUAAAAUUAAAUAAUAUAUUAUUGAAAAGGGGUAACAACAAAAAAAUUUUUAUAAUAGAUUUAAACAUUUCUUCCAUCAUUUUAUUUACUAUAUUUUACAAGGCGUAAGGGUUCAAUUAAUACUCACCAGAAGAAUAAAAAUAAAAUUAAAAUUGUACUCUAAGAUCUGAUAUAUACUCACUUGCUUAACUAAUAAAAGAAAUCCUUGGGAACAAUUAUGCACCAAAGUAGUUGUAAAAUUUAAUAAAGAAAAUGGAGGAAAAAAAAUAAUUUGAAAGAUGUAAAAUAGACUAUGUUUAAUUUCGUUUCAGACUCCAUGCUUUUAUAACAAUUUUAUUUAAGCAUUUAUACAAGGAAGAAAAAGAAACAAAAUUGCAUCACUAAAAAUAAAUAUUCUAUGACUUUGUGUGCGAUCUUUUUAAUCAGUUUCAAUAUUAAACUAAAAAUUUAAUACAACCCAAAGAAAAAUAAAAACCUAAUUGGAAAAAUAUUAAAUCCUAAUAUAUAAACGACGAAAUAAUUAAAUAGUUAUUUCAAAAUUUAAAUUCAGAUGAGAGUUUUUUAGAUUGUCUCAAAGAAUAAAAAUUACUAAACUUUGUUGAAGACAUAUUAGAUGAUCAUGAAAUAAAAAAAUAAUUAAAUGAAAAAAUAGACGAAUAGAGAAAAUAAGAUAGUAAUCAAGAUAAAGAAAAUAAAUAAGGUCUUGAAAUUUUUUAAAAAGGACAUAAAGGAGAACAAUAAUAAGCCGAUUAAGAAGAAGUGGAUUAUAUUGAAGUAAAUGAUUAUAUUGAAGUUGACUUUGACUGUUAAAUAUUAAAAUAAAAGGCUGAAAAGCAAGAAAAUUAAAUUAAGGAAAGUUUAAAACAAUUACAUUUAAAAAAAAUUUCAAAACCUCUAAAUGAAAUUGAUAGGAAUAAAGUUCUUUAAAUGAAGAAUAAUUAAGAUAAAAAUAAUAUAACUGAAUAAUAAAUUUAAAAAAAUAUUUUGAAAGAUAAUAAAAGCAAACUUUUUCUAACUUUAACUUACACUUUUUUUAUAGAUUAAUAAUUUUUAUAAAUUAUAAAUUUGAAAAUAUAACAAAAAAACUAAAUUUAUGACAAAUCUAAUUAACAUAAUCGUGAUCUUAACUUCUAUUAAUAUUUAGAAUAAAAUAUAAUUUAAAACUCUUUUAACAGUUAAUAUUAUCCCUAAAAUACUUAAAUUAAAUAUUCAUGA